AAUCUUUAGCUGCAAUGGCUCUUAAUAACUCAGAACAAAAUGACUCAAUAAACAAUCAAACUGUGAAUUCUGCAUUUGAAAUUAGAUUUGAUGUUGGUAAAUCGUUUACUGCCACUUUAACUAAGAAAAUAUCCCUGUUGAUUGAUGAAAGCAAUUUUCUGCCAUGGAAACAGCAUGUUUGCCUAACUCUGAAAACGCAUAGGUUACAAGGUUAUGUAGAGGAAACUAUAGCCAUUCCUCCUAGGGUGAUUAGUACUGAUACGGGGUUACAAAUAGAAAAUCUUACUUUUGUUGCUUAUGAGCAACAAGAUUCUGCCCUUGCGUCAUGGUUGAUGUCUUCAGUCAAUCCCUCUUUGCAUACGCAUUUGGUUGGCCUGCAUUCUGCUUUUGAAAUAUGGAAUAAGUUGAAUCAAAUAUUUGCUCUUCAGUCACGAACUAAGAGAAUGCAUUAUAGAUGCAUGUUGCAUAAUGUUAAAAAGCAAGAUAAGACAAUGAGAGAAUAUCUAGCUGAAAUUAAGCAUAUUUGCGAUGUGUUGUCCGGCUGUGGUCAAAAUAUUCAUGAGGAGGAACAACAAUUUGCUAUUCUUAAUGGUUUACCUAUUGAAUAUGAGAAUAUUGUUUCGAUUAUCACUUCCAACCAGCAACCUUAUGACCUUCAGUGAGUUGUUUCAGCCUUGUUGGAUGCAGAUGCGAGGAUAAAACUUCAGGGAAAUGUCAUGAGUAUAAAUGCUAAUGUAGUCGUGCAGCAACAAUUCUCAGCAAACAGCAGUGGCAACAUUAAGUCGAAUGACCAGAUCCUUAAUUCUAACUCUGAAGCUACGAAUGUGCAUACCAGACCUUACUAUCAAGGUCCAGGUUCUACUCAAGCUGUUUCAGAGGGUAACCAAAUCUCUCCAUGUGUGCAAGCUACACCGACAGUGGUUACAGACCCGGCUUGGUAUCCAGAUACUGGUGCGACAUGGCAUCUCACACAUGAUUCCACUCAUUUGCAGCACUCUAACCCUGCCACAGGAUCACUCAACUACUUCUCCACACGAUCAGCAUCAGUUUCAAAAUUCUCCAAAUUCUGCAUCUGUACCAUCACCUGAGUUAAUGCCUCAAGAUUUGCCAAAACAGUCACAACUUAAUAUUCACCCCAUGAUUACAAGGGGCAAGUCAGGUAUUGUAAAACCAAAAAUUAUCUCUUAUUAGGUUACUAAUAUACCUUUUUCCCCUGCAGACAUUCAUGAAGCCAUGAGGUUUCCUCAAUGGCAACAAGCAGUUCAUAACAAACUUGAUGCACUGGUGAGGAAUCAAACGUGGAGCUUAGUUUCCCUACCACCAAACCGAUAUGCUGUGGGAUGCAAAUGGUUUUUCAAGUUGAAGAAACAAGCUGAUGGUACUGUGGAUCGCUUCAAAGCCCGACUGGUUGCCAAGGGAUAUGCUCAAAAAAUCGGCUUCGAUUUUCAUGACACUUUCAGUCCGGUAGCAAAAGCAAAUACCAUUCGUACUCUCCUCUCCUUAGCGGUUACUCAUGGUUAGGAAUUGAGGAAAGUGGAUGUGGACAAUGCCUUCUUCAAUGGAGAUCUUGUUGAGGAAGUGUUUAUGCAACAACCCCCGGGUUUUGAGCAGCGAAAUGACGAAGGUCAACCCCUAGUUUGCAAACUAUGAAAGGCACUUUAUAGCCUCAAACAAGCGCUGAGAGCCUAGUUUCAAAAGCUCAAAUAUUUUCUGUGUUCCAAGCUAAAUUUUCAAGCUUUAUGUGCUCACCCUUUUUUAUUUACACGUCAAAGCGAAGAAACUAGGAUAUGGUGCUUGAUGUAUGUUGAUGAUAUUAUUCUCACUGGUAGUAAUUCGAAGGAACUAAGUGAUGUUAUCCAUCAGUUAAACACGUCAUUUUCUCUUAAGGAUUUGGGACCUCUGUAUUAUUUUCUUGAAGUGGAAGUGCAUAGACAUAAUGACACUUUACAUCUAUCGCAGAAAAAGUACAUUCGUGAUUUAAUCAACCGUACUGAUAUGGCCUCUACUACCUCGGUUCCCACUCCAAUGAUUGUGUCUCCUACUCUUACUUCAACUGAUGGUCAAUUGCUACCUACAUCCAAGGCUAUUUUAUAUAGAAGCAUUGUGGGUGGGCUUCAAUACGCAUGUCUUACCCGACCCGAUAUAGCCUUUGCUGUAAAUAAACUCAGUCAGUACAUGCACUCUCCAACUGACAAGCACUGGAUGGCAGUCAUACGAGUGCUACGAUACCUCCAAGGAACUCUUGAGUUUGGUUUGUACUACACUCCAACGGAUCAGGUUGAUGUUACAACCUUUUUAGACUCGGAUUGGGGUUGCUCUAUCGAAGAUAGGAGGUUUACUUCUGGUUUCUGCAUUUACAUAGAUGGCAACCUUGUUGGUUGGUCAUCCAAGAAGCAGCAUGUGGUGUCACGUUCCACAUCCGAGGCAGAAUUUAGAAGUGUCGCCAAUACUGCGACUGAUAUCGCUUGGUUCUUUUAUCUUCUUAUUGAUCUUGAAGAACAGUGUUGUGGGAUUACAACGUAUGGUAUGAUAAUUCUAGAGUAGUCCAGAUAUCGGCAAAUCCUGUUCUACAUUUAAGGAUGAAACAUGUCGAGCUUGACCUCCAUUUCGUCCGAAAAAAAGUAGUAAAGGGUAACCUUCAAAUCAAUCAUGUUGCUUCACACAAUCAAGUUGCAGAUUUAUUCACUAAACCUUUAAGUGAAUCUCAAUUUGUUGCGCUGCGAUCAAAGCUUGGAUUAUGUCAACUUUGCUCAUAUCCACUGCUUUUGUUUUCUCAGAGGAGGAGAAAACAGGGGGAACAUCAGGUAGUAAGAAUGACCUUCAGGUGUUCGAUGGUAUGUUUGAGUUAAGCACAACAUAGCUUACUCGCCGCCUAUGACUGCAAGGUGUUUGUUAAAAUGCUUGUGAGAAAACGUCUACCUUGUUCUAGCCCAUUUCUGGUUUAGCAUUUCUGUUAACGACCCAUUUGGUUUCUGGUUUAUCAAUUAAGUCUGUUAUGGUUGUUAUAACGAGUGGUACAGCUAUAGCUCGUUUGCUAUUUUUUCUUAUUGAUGUAUCUAGAACACCUGAACUCUUAUAAGUAGCCUAGGUGCUGCUCUAUCAUUCUCAUGUUAUCAAUGAUGAUUAAAUCGAGUGUUACACUCACAA